CAAAAUUCUUGCGGUCAGUCACGGAAAGAUCUUCCCGGAGUCGACAUUACCACAAGUCGAGCCAAAACAGAUCAUCAUAAUCGCAAUACACUUUGAUUAAAAUAUAAUUUCAACCCAGUGAAUUCAACAAAGUGAUUUUACAGCAACAUACAUACAUACAUUAUUUAGUUGUACUUUGGAUUCCCAAUCAAUCAAACGUCAAUUUUAGCCACAGACAACAUAAAACCUGACCAUACUUCGAGAUGAGGGCCAAUCUCCUAGUUUUUGUCGGAAUAAUUUCUGCAUUAGUGUCGAGUGCAGCAUUGAAGCCUUUGAAUGAUAAUAAUAAUAACGUGGACAAGUUAAACCUCUUGGGCAAGCAAGGUUACGAAGUUAUCUCCGACGCUGAAGAGAUUCUCACGCCAGUGUCGGACAAAGACAAUGGCGUGGAUUUGUCAGACAGAGAAAAGUCCAAGCCUGAAGUUUUGCUUUACGGAAGAUUUUAUAUCCUAAGAAAAAAGGGGAAUUUAAAUGGAUGGUACAACAAGUUCGUAAAACCAGAAAAUCUUUUCAAAAGUUAUCCUGCUUCCACUCAGCAAUAUUUCCAGUACCGGAGUCAACUUGCUUCUACGCCUGCCACGCCAUGGCAAAUGCCUAAUGUUGGUCUGACGUAUCGAAAUCGCUCCCCAAUAAUUCAUUCCACUUCUAAAGCUGCUGUUGCUGGAAGAAAUGAGGAUAAGGAUGCAAAAUCUCAUAAUGAUGCUAUCUUUUUUCCUGGCGAUGCGGAAUCCACGACCACAAAGAAGUACUUAAUACGUCGAAAUAGUGAAGCUCCUUCCAGAUUACCUUCUGAAAACGAACAGCGUGACCAGGAGGAUGCUCGACUAGGACAUAACAUCAGGAAAUCACAGGCUUCUGGGAAAUCUUCACAUACUUUAAGCAUUUCAGAGAAAAAAUCCUCACUAGAAGCCAAGCCUGACAAAGUUGUAAACAAUUUUGACCAUAUGACCUCUGAUGAAUUCGUUAGCUGGAUCAAAGACAAUUUGAACACGGAUCAAAUUGAUCAUUUGGUUCAAAAUUCUGGCGAGGAAGUGACAACAGCAACGUCUGAUAUUCGUUACAAUUCUUUUAUCCUGGUCCCUGGGUUGAAAUGUGUGGAAGGCGAAAGAAUGAAUCAUCGUGGCGUUUGCACUCCAAAAUAUGUACACAUUCCAUCACCUCACGACGCCAAGAUGAAAGCUAAAAUAAAUCAGGGAAAUACUAAAAAGAAAUUGUUCGAAGUUUUGAAAACCUUGAAAAAAAUGGAAGCUGAUUUGGAAGUUGCUUUGGAGGAGUCGGAAACAUCAAAAUCAGAACAAACGACGGGAAGUAGUACGAGUGACACCGAUUCAGAAACAUCUACAGUUUCACAAGUGGAGACGGAAAGCUAGAAUUUGUGGUCAUAAACUUUAAGUUAAAUAUUUCGUGUUCAUACAUGAACUCAGCUUUUUUCCUCAUUUACAUUUACAUUACAUUAUACAUACAUACACUGUCCACUUAUUGUUAUUAAAGAUUUCAGUAUUGUCGAGUGACAAUAAUUGAGAAGGAUCGAUAGUCUGUGAUAUUAUGAUAUAUUAUAUAAGCAUUUACUACUACAUAGACAAUUUUAAUAAAAUCUGAAUUAAGUAAUUGAAUGAACAAAA